AGCUGGUGCGCGGUCCUUCCAUGACCCCGAGGUCCCCGCCCGUGGGUGUGAAAGAGGAGGUCACGGAGAAACCAAAACGCGCUCCGACCGCAGACAAAGCCGGCUGGGUAAAGAAAAGCAGCGGAGGGCUCUUAGGAUUAUGGAAAGAUCGGUACAUCCUGAUAUGUAAAACGCAGCUGCUGGUGUUUGAAGAUGAGGAAGAACAGAAGUGUUUAGAAACAGUGGAACUGGAGAGCUAUGACAGGUGCCAGGAUCUGCGUGCACUCUUGAAAAGGAAAAACCGUUUCAUUUUAAUUCGAUCGUCACUCAGAAAGGGACUCUGCAAGGCAGAGUACAGUAACUUGCAUCCGUUUAACGUUCAGUGGUUGCUAAAGCCCACCCCUCGGGGGAGGAGCGACAAAUGCAGAAAGAAAGGCAACUACAAAGAUGCAGCUACUGUUUCAGAUGAAAGCAUCUCUCUACCCUUGCAGGUCCAUGAUAUCAAAUUUCUGGCUCAGAGUUUGGAAGAGAAAGAGUCAUGGAUGAAAGCCCUGAAUGAAGGGAUCGGCAGAGGCAAAAAUAAGAUACUUGAUGAGGUGAAGGUAGAUGAGAGCCUAUCGCUGGAACAUGUGACUCGAGACAGAGUCAGAUUGGGUCAUGGGCGCAGACCGCCUACGAGGAUUCAUCUGAAAGAGGUUGCCAAAUCUACCUCCGAUGGAAUCUUGAGGCUGGAUCUGGACGUAGUGGAUAAUGGCCCUCCAGACUUCACCAUGACUGUCAGUGAUAAUGAGAACAUCCCGCCUCCGAAGGAAACGCCAAAGCCACCGAUGCCGCCCACAAAACCUAGCGGCUUGUCAGAGAAGCAGCAUGCUGAGGAAAACGUUGCUGAUCAAGAGCUUAAAAAGCCUUUGUUGCCUCCAGCUAAGAAGCUGGACGAGCACACGCCAUCAGAGGACAAGGGGUCAGUCAGUCAGGGUGAGGAUGGUGAAGAAUACAAAGCAUCCGCUGAGGACAAUAAAGAGAACCUCAUGGAGGUCAGCAAUAGCAGCACGGCAAAGGCUCCGAUUCCACCUCCUAAAAUCUUAUCAGACAAGCUGAAAGGGGUCAGCUGGGAGGAAUCAACCCCUCACUCCGAAAGCACAAAAGAAUUGAAACCUUCCAGGGAUGACAGUAAAGAAAACCUCACGGAUGUGGUCGCAAUAGCUACUGAGAAACCUCCAAUUCCACCUAAGAUUUUAUCAGAAAAAUUGACAGCAGGUUUGAAUUCCACCCCAGGCAGUCCAGAGGCGAAGAGUUCAGAAGGCGAGGAGCCCAGUGAUUCAGACCUCCCUGGGGCUGGAAUGGAAGAUGGGGAAACGACAGAAUCUGCUUCCCAAAAUGUAGAGGUUGAAGAAGGAAGUGAGAGAGCUGCUGACAAGCAAAAGGAGCCACAAACAAUACAGGGACAAACAAAGACUUCCUUAGAGACAGAGGCGAAGCAAGAAAGUACAAAGGUUCCUAGUAAAGAGAAAACACUUUUAUCACAGUCCAUAGUAAAUUCCUUACCUCUCAGAACUCGCUGUGCCUCUCUCGGAGACCUGCUGGAUGAAUCGAAAAAUGCACAAAAAGCACUUCAGGUUCCAGGCUUCCACAAGCCGCCCCAAUCCUGCCUGGCUAAAAUGGAGGCGAAAGUGGCCUGCGAAAGGGAGAAGACAGAGAAACUUCUGCAAAAGGUUUUAGGUGGAGAGUUAGAACAAGCCCAGAAGGGGAAUGGUCCCCCAGUAGAUGCAAAGACCAUACUCAAUGAAGCAGUAGAACAGCUUCGGCAAGCAACACAAGUCUUACAGGAAAUUAAAGAACUGAAUAAGGAACCGAGAGAGAAACAGAAAGGAAAGCAGAAGGAUCUAGUGACUCUUUAUAGGAGAAGUGCUCCCUGAGAUGUACUUUAGAAGACACAUUUCUUACAAUCAAGCUAAACAUUUGCUAUUUACAAUUUACACCAUUGCUAGGCCAGUGUUAAGUAAGGUUACGUUUUGCAAUGCACAUGCUACCUAGGAAGAGCAGGGCAUUUCAGCUGUAGGGUGUAUUUUUUGUUUUGUUUUGUUUUUUUUGUUUGUUGUGUCUUCAUGCCAUAUUCCCAUCCCUGAUCACAAUAGGAAGUUAGAGGGCAUUGAACAUCAGUUGCGAAAAUGUGAAUAUUCUUUAAGGUCUUGAUCGAGCGCACAUUGAUGUCAGUGGAAAAACACCAAUGGGCUCUGGAUCUGGCCCUAAAAGAGGGAAAAAAAACUCACAACACUGGUAAUCAGACAAAAGGUCAGUUUUUCAAAGGAGGGCAAUGGAUAUUCCAGCAAAAAUUCAUGCGUGCUAGGGAUGUUAAAUAUCAGUUAAUUCAAUAGUCGAUUAAUCUAAUCUAAUGAAUUCUUAUCGGUUACUUGACUAUUCUAUAGUCCCUGGGGGUGGGACCGACAGCCAGUUUAAAAGCCAGCUCCCCUCAUGGACCAGCGGCAGCAGC